CUCUCUCUAUCAGCAACCAAAGUUAGUAUAGCACCAACUAGAAACUACAUCGGAAGACUAACCGUUCAUUUGUAAACACACAAGAGCUGCACUUGUAUAUGUAUGUACACACAUACAAUAUAUACAUACUGCAAAUACAAACGUUGUGAGUUUGUGAGUGUUAACAACAUUAACAACAACAAAGACACACGUGACAACGGCGGGAGUGGAAGGGAAGCAGACGAAGAGGUUCGAUCGAUAACAACAACAACAACAAACAGUACGAAACUACGAAGAGAGGAAGCAUCAUCGGUUCAUCAGUGAUCGAGACAUCGAGAGAGAUCUGCGCACUAGGCGAACAUGGAGUCUUACGAGGAAGAUCGAAAAAAAGCUUGGGAGGACUUGGACAUAACACACGACGAACUGAGCCGGCUGACCAACGCCAUGAAGAGGCCGGAUUUCCGGGACUUGCUGCGCGAGUACGCCGAUGAGGUGUCGGACCCGGAGAACCGGCGGAUCUUCGAGUCCGAGAUGACCCAGCUGGAGCGAGAGCGCGGCUUCGACGUGACCUUUGUCCAUCCCGAGCCAGGUUACGUCAUCAAGACGAGCCUCAACGGGAGCACCAAGUGUUUCAUCAACAUCUGCAAAAGUGACAUCGUUGCCAAGCCUACGAGUCAAGUGUCCAGGCUUGAAGGGGAACAGCGGCGUAGUGUGUUGGAAUGGAAGAUACCUAUCAUAUUGUCCCCCCCACGGGACGAGCUUGACCGGAACAAGGAGCGCUGUCAGGUGUUUGACACCACCUUUCACCCCGAUAGCCUUUAUCUGGCCCAGAGGGACCUCCGCUUCAAGGGAUUGCUCAAUGAGACGGCAAUCGACACCGUGGAAAAAACUUACCAGGUGCAACUGGAUCGCAAGAACAUGAGGUUUCCUAACAUAGAUUUCAUGGGUGUUAGCCAGCCCUCUGUAUUGAGGAAAGCUUGCGAUACGCCAGUAACCCAGAAACUGGACAUAGAACCGGAGAUUUAUCAAAAGAUAAUGUCCAGUUACGACAAAGCGAGGGACCGGCAUUUGAAAAAGAAGGAAGAAAAACCGAAAAAAGCUCCUCCAAAAGCAAGAUAUUUCAACUCGAGAGACAAGACUGAAAAUGACAGACAAAGCGAUUCAAAGUACACAAAGCCAAGGUUCAUUAUUAAGUAUCAAUCGCAUCUUGACAUGGACGAGUUUCGGGAGUCCAGGGACGCAAAAAUAAACGCCACCGUGCCCAAGAAAUUGGUGGUAAUUAUCAAUCUUCCGCUGCUACGAUCAGCCGACGACGCAACUCUGGAUGUUCAGGAGCGUUGCUUGUCGCUCAAAAGUGAGACUCCGGCCAAGUACAGUCUGAAAUUGCCUCUGUCCUACCGUGUUGACCCUGAUAAGGGUACCGCCAAAUUCGACGUAAAAACAAAAAAGUUAACCGUCACACUGCCUGUUAUUCCGACCAGUGCGUCGAUUCCGAUCGACGGCAAAGAAGACAGUGGAGUUGAGAGCGAUCUCGGGAGCCCCGUGCUUGAAUCCCAAAUUGCUGGCAACCAGCUGGUGCGAGAAAACUCGAGCGAUUCACAGCAAAGCGAAAAUUCAAGUGACUCACACCAGAGCGAAGACAAGAGCAACGACUACGAGAGUCCCGUGCCCGAGUCCCAGAUUACUGAUGACCAGCUGGUGCGAGAAAACUCGAGCGACUCGCAAAAGAUCCAGAAUACAAGUGUCACGCUGGAGAGUGAAAACUGGAGUGAUUCGCUACAAAGUGAGAACAGCACUAGCAGCACUCACGAGAGUCCCGUGCCCGAGUCCCAGAUCACCGAUGACCAGCUGGUGCGAGAAAACUCAAGCGAUUCACAGCAAAGCGAAAAUUCAAGUGACUCACAUCAGAACAAAGACAAGAGCAACGACUACGAGAGUCCCGUGCCCGAGUCCCAGAUUACCGAUGAUCAGCUGGUGCGAGACAAUUUGAGCGAUUCACAGCAAAGCGAAAAUUCAAGUGACUCACAGCAGAGCAAAGACAAGAGCAACGACUACGAGAGUCCCGUGCCCGAGUCUCAGAUUACCGAUGACCAGAUGGUCCACGAAAACCCCAGCAAGUUUCAACAGAUCGAAAACACAAGCGUCACGCGUCAAUGCGAAAACUUAAACUAUUCCCAACAGAGCGAGAACUUGUGUGACUCCCAACAGAGUGAAAAUAGUAGCAAAGUAAUAAAUUCCUGUGCCGAGACCGCAUUACGGACUAGUGACGAUGAUAAGCUUACCACAGCCUUCUUCGUUAACCCUAACGUUAAGUACAACCUGCCAGCGUUUACAUGCAACGUGUAUGACAACAUUCUCGCCGUAACGAUACACACGAAAAACGUCGAUCCGGAAUCUAUUAGCCACCGAAUGCUCGAGGGCGAAGCAGGCUUGCACGUCCUGUUCACUUCAAUCGGAGCCGGUUACUUUCCCGUUUAUUAUUCCUUGUGCUUGAAACUGGGAAGGGACACCAUCGUCGCUGAGUCCUUGGCCGUGGAGCCUUGGGACAACAAUGUUAUUCUUUCCUUCAAGGUCAGAUGUAUCGACGAGCUGAAUUUCUAUUUUGCGGGUAUCGACGAGGACAGUCUGGAGGCCAAGGAUCUCACCGUGGCUGGCUCGAUUAAAAAUAUGCUACUGGCUCUUCAGGAGGAUCCAGAACCGGAGAAUGAAAAUAAUGACAUCGAGGUCUUAUAUAACCAUAACGAGUUAAUCAUCAACGUGAAUAUUAUGAGUAACAGUGAUGAUAUGCAAAGCACUUACGCCAACGAGGACGACGAACACGAUCGCAAAUUCGCCCUUCAGGAGGAAGAAAGCAAACUAAGCUUCGAUAAAACAACAAGAUCGAUUUCCGAAAGCAACGGGGAGGAGUUAUCGAGCAGUAUCGGUAGUAGCAACGGCAGUUUAGUGGCUCUUAAGGAAGAUCCGGAACCGGAGAAUGGAAAGAACGAGAUCGAGGUCGUUCGAAACGACGAGGUAAUUGCCAACGUGAACAUUGUGAGUAGCAGUGAUGAAGUGCAAAGCGCGUAUGCCAACGAGGAUGGCAAUGAGAACGACGAAUACCAGCGCGAAUUCGCUUUCCAAGGAGAAGAGCGCAAACGAAGCUUUAAUCAACAGUCGAGAUCGAUUUCCGAAAGUAGCGGGGACGAGCUGUCAAGCAGCAUGGGUAGUGGCAACGGCAGCUUUAGAUACAAGAGUAUCCUAAAGCCGCGUCAUUCCUCCCGAUCUGUUUCAGAGUCGAGUUUCGACUGGAACUCGUCCGCGGUUACCUUGGACUAUUCGGUUAACGAGCUCAUGUCCGAAUCCGAAGGCUCGAGUAUGAAGAAAACUGUGCGCUUCAAUGACGUCGUUUCUCGACAACUUUACAGGACAAACUCGAGUAUCCUAGGCCAACGCAAGAAGAAUCAGCGAAAGCUUAAAAACAAGAAACGUGCGUACGAGCGUCGUAUGAGUGAAAGCGAAAAUUCAGAGACGGAGGAGCGCGAAAAGUAAAAAAUCGAAGCGAUCAAGGAGCCCGAGCAUAAUGCUUCGAACUCUUUGGUUCGUUCGAUCCUCCAUCACCGGGCCACUUCAAACAUAUCGCUAUUAUCAGUUUUCACGUAGACUUGAUCGAAAUCAUCUGUCAUGUAAAUCGAGCGUCGUAGCGUCAGCAACGAGCGGGAUUUUAAAGCGAAAAAAUAGCCUGGAGGACAAAACCAAGACUGAAAGUCACUCCGCCGAGGAGUCAUUCACUGAUGUGAAAAACUAUCUAAUGUUUAGGAGGUAGAAAGGUCGUAGUUUCAAUAUAGAUCAGCGUGUGAUAAUUUUUCUAGUGUUACUAAGAAGUAGUUGGUGAGAUUGAUGAUGCCUUUGUAGUUGGAAUGCUAAUGAUUCCGAAUUAGUUUUUUUUUCCUCGAUUUAAAAUUGCAUGGUGUUUUGAAUAUGCGAAUAGAAUUGCUGGAUCAAUCGUCAAUAAUCCUCUAUUAUUUGAAAAAUACGAUCUAAUGAUAAAUUACAUUUAUGCAAUAUACACUUAUACUAUAUUACAAAAUGCGAAACAUUUACAUGCGAUAUUUACUUAGACGUUAAGACAUAGGGAUUGAAAAAAGAAAAUAUAUAAAAAAAAGGAAAGUAUCGUUAGUAGUAGCUUUGUAAGAAUUAAUAAGUAUUAGAAGCUACUAGCGGUUAUUUGUAUUUGCAAUUUUUUAAGCCAAACAAAAUUUUGAAGUGUAUCAGAAUUCAUAAUAAAAUUUAACGAUUAAGCAGUAAA